GAUAUAUAGAGAGAGCGAACGAGAGUGGCCGUUUCAACGGCCACCUCCAUCUCCACCACCACUCCUCCCAUUCGAUUUUCUCGUUUCCCUUUUCCUCCAUUUUCUCGGGAAAACGGGAAUCAAAAAAAAAAAAAAAAAGAUCCCACCGUUUAUUUUAUUUUUUAAUUUUAAAUUGCAUUCAUCUAAUUUUCCCUUGCUCAAUUUUGUUCCCUCUCAAUCCACCAUUAAAACUUUCCAACUUUGGUGGGGAAAAAAAAAAAAACAGCGAAGAUGCACCCGAACAUCAUCAACUCGAUUCGUAGUAUGAAGAUCAAGGACAGCUGUAAGGGCACUCAGGUCUAUGCUCUCAAUCAAUCCGCCGACGGCGGCUGCGGCGGCGGAAGUGUUGGGGAGAAACUGUUCCAUCACUUACAACACCACUCCAAAAGCCAAACCGGUCGAAGCAAACCGGUUGGAAACUUGCGAGGUUCCACGUGCGACGCCGUUUUGGAGGCUCUUCUCCCUUGUGGAUUUCCCUCGACGAAGCUUCUAGAACCUGUAAUCGAAUCUUCCCUGAAGCCCGUGGAUUUUGUGGAAACCCUCGCCGGCGUUCGUCGGAGAAUCGAGAAUUGUGAACAACUCCAGAAAUCCGACGCGUUUUUGGAGCAAUGCGCGGUGUUCCGUGGUCUGCCGGAUCCGAGCCUUUUCCGGCGGAGCCUCCGGUUGGCCCAGCGGAACACGGCGAACGUGCACUUCAAGGUUGUGCUGGCUUCGUGGUUGAGGUAUGAGAGGAGAGAGGAUGAGCUUGUGGGAUCAUCGUCAAUGGAUUGUCGUAUAAGGAAACUCGAAUGCCCUAAGGCUAGUUUGGUCCCUGGGUAUGAUCCUGAAUUGGAGUUUGAUCGUUGUUCGUGUUUCCUUAGAGAUAUUAUUGUAGAUUAUGAUAGUGAUGAGGAAUGUUCAACUUCUAAUGAAGAUGAUGAUGGUGGUGGUGGUGGUGCUGUUAGUGAUUUGUGUUUUUGCAUUGGUGAUAGUGAAAUUAGGUGUAGGAGAUACUCUAUGGCCGCACUUUCUAGGCCCUUUGAGACAAUGCUGUAUGGUGGAUUCGUUGAGUGUAGGAGGGAGAAGAUAAAUUUCUCGCGGAAUGGGGUUUCUGUUGAGGUAAUGAUGGCUGCUGAGGUUUUUAGUAGAAACAAAAGGUUGAACUUGAGUAAGUUUCCUCCCAGUGUUGUUCUGGAGAUGCUUUCUUUUGCGAAUAAGUUUUGUUGUGAUGAGAUGAAGUCUGCUUGUGAUGCUCAUUUGGCCUAUCUGGUUAGGGACAUGGAUGAAGCAGUGUUGCUGAUUGAGUAUGGACUGGAGGAGACCGCGUAUCUGCUGGUGGCGGCUUGUGUACAGGUGUUUCUGAGAGAGCUCCCUGGUUCAAUGCAGCGUUCGAUUGUUAUGAGGUUGUUUUGUAGUCCAGAGGGUAGGGAUAGAUUGGCUAUGGCAGGACAUGUGUCCUUUGUGUUGUAUUAUUUUCUGAGUCAGGUUGCGAUGGAGGAAGAUGUGAAGUCUAACACGACGAUGAUGCUCUUGGAAAGAUUAGGAGAGUGUGCUGUGGAAGGUUGGCAGAAGCAACUUGCUUAUCACCAAUUAGGUGUUGUUAUGCUCGAGAGAAAGGAGUACAAAGAUGCACAGCAUUGGUUUGAGGCUGCUGUUGAGGCUGGACAUAUUUAUUCUUCAGUGGGUGUUGCAAGGGCCAAAUAUAAGCUCGGUCACACAUAUUCAGCAUACAAGAUGAUGAACUCACUUAUAUCUGAUUAUAAACCAGUUGGAUGGAUGUAUCAGGAAAGGUCUUUGUAUUGUACUGGGAAGGAGAAAAUGGUGGACUUGGUCUCUGCAACUGAAUUGGAUCCAACUCUUACUUUUCCAUACAAAUACCGGGCUGUUUCUUUGCUGGAGGAUAACAAGUUUGGAGCUGCCAUCUCCGAAAUCAAUAAAGUAAUUGGUUUCAAGGUUUCUCCGGACUGCCUUGAAUUAAGAGCUUGGUUCUUGAUUUCCAUGGAGGAAUACGAAGGAGCCCUCAGAGAUGUCAGGGCAAUUUUGACAUUGGAUCCAAAUUAUAUGAUGUUUCAUGGGAAUAUGCGUGGUGAUCACUUGGUAGAACUCCUCCGCCCCGUUGCUCAGCGGUGGAGUCAGGCUGAUUGCUGGAUGCAGUUAUAUGACAGAUGGUCUUCUGUUGAUGAUAUUGGUUCUUUGGCUGUUGUACACAAAAUGUUAGAAAAUGACCCGAGGAAAAGUAUUUUACACUUUCGGCAAUCUCUCCUUCUGUUACGGUUAAAUUCUCAAAAGGCAGCCAUGCGUAGUUUGCGUCUAGCUAGAAAUCAUUCUUCUUCAGCACAUGAAAGGCUUGUUUAUGAAGGAUGGAUAUUGUAUGACACUGGUCAUCGUGAAGAAGCAUUAGCAAAGGCUGAGGAGUCCAUUUCUAUUCAAAGGUCAUUUGAAGCUUUCUUUCUCAAAGCUUAUGCAUUAGCUGACUCAAAUCUUGAUUCAGAGUCUUCAAAAUAUGUGAUCAUUCUCUUGGAGGAAGCUCUUAAAUGCCCUUCAGAUGGUCUUCGGAAGGGACAAGCACUAAAUAAUUUAGGGAGUGUAUACAUAGAUUGUGAAAAGCUAGACCUUGCUGCUGACUGCUACAAGCAUGCACUCAACAUCAAGCAUACACGAGCACAUCAAGGGUUGGCACGGGUAUAUCAUCUUACAAAUCAGCAUAAAUCUGCAUAUGAUGAGAUGACAAAGCUUAUAGUCAAGGCCCAGAAUAAUGCAUCAGCUUAUGAGAAGCGUUCUGAAUAUUGUGAUCGUGACAUGGCAAAGAACGAUCUUAGUUUGGCAACACAGUUGGAUCCUCUAAGGACUUAUCCUUACAGACAUAGGGCAGCAGUUUUGAUGGAUGAUCAUAAGGAAGCUGAAGCAAUAGCAGAGCUUUCAAGGGCCAUCAAUUUUAAGCCAGAUCUGCAACUGUUACAUCUUCGGGCAGCAUUUCAUGAUUCAAUGGGUGAUUAUGUUUCUACUGUCCGAGACUGUGAAGCGGCCCUUUGUCUUGAUCCUAGCCAUGCUGAGACAUUAGAGCUUUGUAAUAAAGCACGGGAGCAAAUUAAUGACCGAAAGUGAGUGAAUCAGAAAUCAAUAAUCAUGUUUUCUGUGUUCCUUAUGGGACAAGCCUAUUCUUGCCAACCAGUACUUUUUACACCUUGCAACCCAGUAAUCAUGAGUGCUAUUUAUCUAUUGGGUUUUGUCUCUACAAACAGUUAGAAAUAUCAUCUGGAUUGAACCUGAAGGUGAAGUAGACGAGCAGGAUAGCUUGUAAAUAUACGUAAUGAAUUAUGGUUUUGUCAGCAGAGGGUUCAAGUAGUGCAGAUGCUGCUGCUAUUCUCCAAUAUGCCAUGACGGCAAAAAUGGUGAUAACUGAUAAGUUACCACAGUUUUCAACUAAACCUGUACAUGAAAGUUUGUUAUGCGACAGAUUUUGAUACUUGCAACUAUUUUUGGCUGAGCAAUCGCCGAUUCACAUUCUGUUGCAACUUGCAACUUUUUUCACUCUUAUCCUUUGUGUAAACACAAUUUUUCCUUGUAACUCUUUUUAACUCUGUAUUUGUUAUGAUUUCUCUUUUGUAUAUGGAAGUUUAGAUUAGGGGAAGAUAUACCCCAUUACGAGG